CUGGGUGGUGGAUAACUUAUAGCUAUCUAGAAGUUGGAAGAUUGAACUUCUGAAGUUGCAAAAUAAUGAUACAGUAUUUUUGUUUCUUGAUCAUUCUCACCAAGUACUAAGAGGUUGUUUUUGCUUUUUUUUUUCUUGAUGCAUUUACCAGUUGGGUAAGCGGGGUCUUGGAUCCAGAAGGCAGUGCAUCUGGAGAUGUUGUUACAUCAGUUAAAAGAAUUUGAUAGCUUUCAUCAAGUUUGGUGAGGACUGCAUACUUUUCUGGGGUGUAAAUGAUCACAGUGAAAAUGGUGUUGAAAAAAAACUUCUGGGUUAUUUUUGUUCUACUCCUUUUAGGAUUUGCAGCUAAUUUGCACACUGCAAAACGCGCUCCUCGGCCUAGGCCUCGCCGGAUUCUCUUGGAUACAGAUGUUGAUACGGAUGAUUUCUUUGCUCUGCUCUACCUCUUAAAGCUUAACAGGUCAGAGUUUGAGUUAGAGGGUGUGACUAUCAACACAAAUGCCUGGACUGAUGCUAGACAUUCUGUGAAUCAAAUCUAUGACAUCCUUUACAUGAUGGGGCGUGAUGAUAUCGCUGUUAGAGUUGGCGGCGAAGGUGGAAUACUAAAAGAUGGUACCAUUCUUCCUAAUGUUGGUGGAUAUCUUCCCAUAAUAGAACAGGCAUGAGCUCAUUGAUUGCCUUCUACAUGUUUGAUUUUUUUUUUCCUCAUAA